AAAUCUUCAAGUUUCUAAAUGUAGUGUAGUAGUAAAAUCUAGUAUAGAACCUAAACAAUUGAAAGAUUGGCUUAAUAAAAAAGAACAACUUUUAUUAACAAAAUCACAUAUUAAAAAACUUUCUACUGAAAAAGCUAAAGUUUUGUCUAGAAAAUUACAAUAUACUACAAUAUAUUCUAAUAUAUUAAAAUGCAAAUGGAGUAAUAAAUGUUUAAUUGGAAAUAUAUAUGAAACACCCUUAACUUUUGAUAUGCCUAACAAUAUGACAGUAGAAAAAACAAGUUCUAGAACAGUUAGCAUAUGUACUACAAGGCACAAAAAAUCAAAUUUUACUGUGGUACUUUCUUGUAUGGCAGAUGAUUCAUUUUGUAGUUAUUUAACAGAUUCUGUAAAAAAUAGAUUUGAUGAAAAAAAUACAAAUUUGGCUGUUAUUCCUGGUGGUUUGACAAGUAAAUUACAACUACUUGAU